AUGGCGAUAGAAGUAGCUGCCCCGACAAUAAGCAGCAUAUCAAGGAAACAUGGCCAGGGUAAAGAAUCAGGUCCCCCGCCGACUCUGAACCGGCUUCUCCGCCAUGAUCUGGUGACUACAGAAUUCGACGAGUUGAAGUUCCAAGCUGCAGCAUCUCUACAAUUCAAAUUGGGUGACGGGGACAUUCAAUUUAAAUCUUCAGACCUUGACUCUCGCCUCAUCGUCUCACCAUACAAUGCACCACCUCAUCUCCUGGAUUUAAACAGCCUGGACACGCAAAGCCGGCUCUUUUCAUUGGCAUUAGCAUACUUCACACCUACCCGGGAAGAUUAUGCCACGGCAGAAUAUCUGGACUCGUUCAAUUGGACUGAAGUCUUUGAUAUCCUGAAGACAUUCUCCGAAGCAGAAGGUCACACUUGGACUACACAAAUCUUCUACGUUGUGGCGUUCCGGUCCGUACUCAAACCGGGUGUUGACAAUGAUCAUCUGCAUGAGUUGGAUGCGUACUCGCACCAGGAAGCGACCGCUAGUGGUGGACUAUUGAAGUAUUGGUUUGGUACGAAGAAUGAGAAGCGGCAAAACCUGGCAACUUGUAUUUGGCGGAAUCGGAAUGACGCUAGGUUAGGGGGUCGGGGGCCAUGGCAUGCAAAGGCUAGGGCGGCUGGAAGAGAAUUGUAUGAAGAGAUCGUGUUUUCGACUAUGAAGUUGGUCAUUGAGGAUGGCGUGUCGUCUUGGAGGAUGAGUGAAUGGACGAGUGAAGACGAGGCAUGA